AUGGCCGCUUGCGGGAGCGCAACCGGCACGGGCGAUAAGACGCCCUGGGACGUGAGGAAGAAGCCCGUGACCCUCGCCUGGUCGCCGCCCGGCGAGAAGAUCACGAGCGCGCGCAUCUUCGUGACGACGUCGACGACCGUCGCCAAGGUGCUCAAGUCCUUCGCGUCGCGCUACGACCUGGGGCUGCCCGUCGCGUCGCUCUGCCUGCGGAACCGGGCCCGCGUGCUCCACCCGGACCUGCCGGUCCUCGCCCAGAUCGAGGGCGACCUCGCCCAGCUCUGCGAGGUCGCGGAGCUCGCGGACGGUCCGCCGCUCGUCGGGCCGGACAAAAUCGUCGCCGCGACAAGACAGGUCCACGAGACGAAGACGAACCACGGCGUCGUCGCCGCGGACCUCGAGCUCGACGGCGAGACCUACGACGAGGUGCGCGAGGAGCUCGUCGCCCGCGGGCUCCACGUCGCGGCCGCGCUGCUGCCGAUCUUCGCCGAGGGCGCUCCGGAGCCGGCCGUCGUCGACCGCGUCGCCCGCGCGGCGGACCUGCGAGGCGAGGCGCGGGCCGUCGCCGCGGAGCGGCUCGCCCCGGCGCACGCCCUCGCGGCGCGUGAGGACGCCUGCGCGGUCAUGGCGCGCGCGCCGUUCUUCGGCGACGGGCCGCUCUCCGGCGCGCCGGGCGCGCCGCCGGCGCGCUCCGCCGCCGACGUGCGGUCGCGCCUCGCCGACGCCGAGGCGUCCCUGGCCCUGCGCCUCUACAAGGAGGCCUACCGCCACCGCCACCGGCCCGCGCGGCUCGCGUCCCUGGCGCCGGCGAGGGCGCGCGCGAACGCGGCGUCCGCGCGGCUCUUCGCCACGGGCGCCGUCGUCGCCGCGCUCCGCCGCGACGGCUACGCCGCGGCGCCCAACGCCGCGCCCCUCGCCGACGUGCGCCUCGUCCGCGACCACUUCGAGGCCGCGUUCGCCGCGGGGCGCUUCGGCGCCGCGCGGACGGACCCGUGCAACGCCGGCUCGCACGCGGUCGUGCUCCCGCUCGCCGGCGAGGCGGGCGCGACGCCCGAGGCGACGGCGGCGCUCGGGCGCGUCUUCGGGCUGCUGGCCGGCUGCGCGGCGGAGCUCGAGGCCGCCGGUGGCCUCCGGCUCGCGGUGCCGGACGAGGUCCAGUGCGCGCGGUACCCGCCGGGCGCGCCGGGCUACCGGGCCCACCGCGACUGGUACCCGACGGAGCACGGCAACGACCGCGAGGUGACCCUGCUCCUCUACCUCAACGAGCACUGGACCGACGACGACGGCGGCGCGCUCGCGUUCCCGGCCUCGGGCGCCGCCGUGCGGCCCGAGGCGGGCACGCUCGUCGCCUUCCUCAGCCGCACCUGCGACCACCGCGUCGAGCCGGCGACGGCGCGGCCCCGCCUCGCCCUCACGCUCUGGCUCGACCGCCGCGCGGACACGCACGCGACGAUGCACCGGGAGCCCUACGAGGAGGUGCAGGAGGCGCCGGAGGACGCGGAGGAGACGUCCCCCGUCGACGCGGCGCUGGAGGAGGCGGGCUUCAACGCCGUCAGCGUGGAGGUGCUGCUCAUCACGGGCCUCGGCUGGUUCGCCGACGGCCUCGAGACGUCGGCGCUGUCCGUGCUGCUGCCCGCGCUCGCGACGGAAUUUUCCGCGACGGCGGGCGAGCUCGCGGCGUUCGCGUCCGCCGUCGCCGCGGGGCAGGCCGUCGGCGCCUUCGGCUGGGGCGCCGUCGCCGACGCGCGGGGCCGCCGCGGCGCCUUCGUCGCGUCGCUCGCCCUGGCCGCGUCCGUGGACGCGGCCGCGGGCUCCGCGCCGUCGUUCCGAUGGCUCCUCGCGCUCAAGGCGCUCGCGGGCGUCGGCUGCGGCGGCAACCUGCCCAUCGCCGUCACGCUCGCGUCGGAGCUCCUCCCGCCGCGCCGCCGCGAGACCUGCGUCGUGCUCAUGCACGUCUUCUACGAGCUCGGCGAGCUCUCGGCCAUCGGGCUCGCCGCGCUGCUCCUCCCGGGCCGCUGGCGCCUCUUCGUGUCGCUGCUGGGCGCGCCGACGGCCGUCGCGGCGGUCCUCGGCGCGCUUCGCCUGCCCGAGAGCCCGCGCUGGCUCUGGGCGCGCGGCGACCGCGGCAAGGCCGCGGCCGCGCUGGACCGCGUCGCGCGGCGGCGGCCCGGCCCCACGCCCGACGACAAGCCCCGCGUCGUCGCGUCGAACGGCGCGGCCGCCGCGGUCGGCAGCGGCUGGGUCACGUGGGCGCCGGAGAUCGCGGCGACGCGGGACCUGCGGUCCGGGCCGACGUACGCCGUGCUCGCGGCCGCGCGCGUCCUCGCCUGCACCGUGUUCCUCCUCGCGUCCGCGCUCGUCGAGCGGCACGGGCCCUGGCCGACGCUCCUCGGCUUCCUGGCGUGCACGACGGCCGCGUCCGGCGGCCUCGCGGCGCUGCUCGCGCGGCGGUCGACGACGACGGAGCUCCGCUUCGGCGCGGCCUACUGCGCGCUGACCUUCUUCUUCAACGGCGUCUGGCCCGUGCUCUACGUCGUCACGCCGGCGGCCUUCCCGACGGACGCGCGCGGCGCGGGGUUUGGGGCGGCGAACGUCGGCAAGCAGCUCGGGGCCGUCGCGCUGCCCCUCGUCGCCGGCGCGCUGCUCCACCGGUCGCUCCUCGCGCUCGGGCUCGUGCUCACGGGCGGCUGGCUCCUCGGCGCGGCCGCGGCGGCGGUCCAGGCGCGGCGGCCCGCGUACCUCGCGCGAGGGGGGGAGGAAGACCGGGCGGACGGCGUCGACGCGGACUCGCCCCUCGUCUAA